UUCAUUAGAUUGUUAUCGAAAUUGGUCAUCGCAGUCGGAGGCUACCGCUCAACGAUUGUGUUUGAAGUUGGAAGUAUCAUGAUGUUUGAGUGGCUUGCCUAGCACUGUGAUAUGAAUAUGGGUUAGCUGUGAAGCAGGGAAACCGUUUAUUUCUCUGUUACAUCGAUGGUGCUAGAAGAAUGCAUUUUUGAGAGAGCGCGGACGCAAUAACGUUGAAACAAUCGUGAUGUCGGACCCCUCCAGCGACGAUAAUACAAGUGUCAGAGUAGCACUGAGAAUCCGUCCUCAGUUGGCUCGCGAGAAGAUAGACAUGUGUCAGGUGUGCACAUCUGUGACACCUGGAGAACCACAGGUGACACUGGGCAAGGACAAGCCAUUCACCUAUGACUAUGUAUUCGACAGAGACUCCACACAGGAUCAAGUAUAUGACACAUGUGCCAGACCUCUCAUUGAAGGAUGCCUCGAAGGUUACAAUGCUACGAUAUUUGCCUAUGGACAGACCGGCUCAGGUAAAACCUUCAGUAUGGGCACUGGGCUGGAUGUGGCCUGUGAUCCAGAGCAGAUAGGGAUCAUACCCAGGGCCGUGGACCAUUUAUUCAAGGGCAUCGAGGAGAGAAAACAGAAAGCGGCAGAACUGAACCUGCCUCCUCCUGAUUUCAAAGUCAAUGCGCAGUUUAUGGAGCUGUACAAUGAAGAAAUUUUAGACUUGCUGGAUUCAACCAGAGAUCCUGCAGAAUCAAGGAGAGGCAAGUCUCACAUAAAGAUCCACGAAGAUGCAUCUGGUGGAAUUUACACUGUAGGUGUCACCACUAGGACCACAACCUCACUUGAUGAUACACUCCAGUGCCUGAAGAUGGGUGCCUUGUCCCGUACUACAGCCAGUACCAAUAUGAACUCUCAGUCUUCCAGAUCUCACGCCAUAUUUACACUGCACAUCAAACAGCUGAGGGUUGUGCCUAAUGUGACUAACUCUAAUGAAGUAGAAGAAGGCAAAGAAGCUGACACAACAGAAACAGAAUUUGAAACACUUACGGCAAAGUUCCAUUUUGUUGACCUUGCCGGAUCAGAAAGGCUCAAAAGGACAGGAGCAACAGGAGACAGAGCCAAGGAAGGCAUCUCUAUCAAUUGUGGCCUGCUUGCCCUGGGCAAUGUGAUAUCAGCACUGGGGGACAAGGCAAAGAAAGGCAGCCAUGUGCCUUAUAGGGACUCUAAGCUAACUCGAUUACUACAGGAUUCCUUGGGUGGAAAUAGUCGGACUGUGAUGAUAGCCUGUGUGUCCCCAUCUGACAGAGAUUUCAUGGAAACAUUGAACACUAUGAAGUAUGCAAACCGAGCCAGGAACAUCACCAAUAAAGUGGUAGUGAACCAGGACAAGGCCAGUAGACAAAUAGCGGCUCUACGCGAGGAAAUCCGUGCACUGCAGGCAGAGCUGCAGGAGUAUCAAUCAGGGAAACGAAUGGUGGAUGCAGAUGGAGUGGAAACAAUUAAUGACAUGUUCCAUGAAAACACAAUGUUACAGACAGAAAACAAUAACCUUAGGACUCGUAUUAAAGCCUUACAGGAAACUAUUGACUCUUUAACAGCCAGAAAUGUAUCUGUUCUGGCUGAGAGAGCAAACCUGGCAUUAAGUAAUAUCUCAGGUGAAGAAGGUAGUGAUGAGAUUAGCUCCUUAAUUAAUGGCUAUUUAAAGGAGAUAGAAGAGUUAAGAACGAAGUUGAUGGAAUCUGAGGCAAUGUGUGAAACAUUGCGCAGGCAAGGAUUGCGCACACCUGCCUCGCGUGCUGCUAUGAGCCCCCUGCACCAAAACACAUUCCAGGCAGUCCCUAUGACCAGUGGUGGCUCACUUAGUAGAAACCUUGAGCUUCCUACCUCUCCAGACAAUAAUGUUAAUGCACUGUUAGAAUUGGCCAAAAAAGACGUAAAGAAGAUGAGAAAGAAAGUGAGGUCAAGGAAUACAAGCAGAAGUGAACAAGCCAGUGAUGAUGAGAAGACAGAAGAGAAAGAAGAUGCUGAGAAGAAUGGAGUAGCAGACGAUGUAGAACAUGAGGAAAGCCAAGAGAAGGAUUCAGAAACUGAAGAAGGGGAUCAGAAUAAAGAAAACUGUGAAGAGGAAACUGUGAUGAAUGGUGAUGGAGGAGAUCAAGAUGAGGAUGGGGAUGAUGAUGAUGGUGAUGGUGAUGAGGAUGAUGAUGAAGAGUCCUCCACCUCAUCAGAUUCAGAAGACUUAGGAGAUUUGUUCCUGUUCUCAGAAUCUGAUAACAUACACGAGGACUUAGCAGAGCUGACUUGUGAGAUUUCUAUCAAGCAGAAGCUUAUUGAGGAAUUGGAGCUCAGUCAGCGCAGACUGCAGUCACUGAAGAUCCAGUAUGAGGAAAAGCUGUCACAGCUACAGUCCAAGAUCAAGCAAACAGAGGAGGAGAGGGACAAAGUUCUGUCCAGUUUAGGCAAUAGGGAAACAACAAAUGAUAAAGCUAAAAAGAUUCGUGAAGAAUAUGAGAAAAAACUGAGGGAGAUGCAGAAUGAAAUGAAGAAGCUGAAUGCAGCAAAGAAAGAGCACUCCAAACUUGUGAAGAACCAGUCUCAGUAUGACAGGCAGAUGAAACAGCUGCAGCGGGAGCUUACAGAGAUGAAGAAAACAAAGGCAGAAAUGACCAAUUCACUGGUAAAGCUUAUGAACCAAAUGAAGGCAGAGGCAGAGAAGAAUAAAAAUUUUGAAGCAAGGAAGAACAAAGAGAUUGCCCAGUUGAGGAAAGAGCAUCGCAAGAAGGAGGCAGCCAUAAAGCAGCUUGAGCAGCAGAAACAGCAGAAGGAGAUGGUGCUGAGGAAGAAGUUUGAAGAGGUUGAAAAUUUGAAGAAGAAACAGAAGCCUAUGUCUGCCAAGGCAGCAGGCCGUGUUGCCAACUACAGUGCCAGACCUCGCUACCUGCAGCAGCCAAUGAAGAAGAAAAAGGAUUUUAAUCCAAAGGAUGCCAAACACAAAUGGGAUAUUCUAGAGAAACAUGUGUCUUCCACGGUGACAAAGAGACAGACCUUGUACCACAUGGAAAAAGAUAUGAAUAUUUGGUUGAAGAGAAGGGAAGAUCUAGGGAAGAAGAUUGAAAAAGUGACAAAAAGGAGAGAAAAAUUACUGGAUGAUGAUAAGGAAUCAGAAGCUUUGGAAAUGGAGGAAGUUUUGAUUGGACUCAAGGCAGAGAUAGAUCUCACUCAGGACUACAUCAUGGACUGCCAGAAGAAUAUCAUGCAGAUGGAGGAGAGUACUAAAGAUGAAAAAGACUUUAGCCAGCUUAUUGACAAGUGCACCCAUGAGGAGGCAUUAUACCUUCUGGAGCAUUUUUUGGGAUUAGCUAUCAACAAGGGUCUCCUGGCAGCUCAGAAAGAGACAGAGACCAGAGAGCUUGGGGCCAAGCUCCACAGUUCCGAGAUGAACAGUACGCUGACCCAGCAGCUGCUGGAGCAUGUGAUAGCUGACAGGGUGGACGACCUGGAGAUCUAUGGCAUCUUCCCAGGAGAGAAAGAGGAUUCUGAAAGCAGUGAUACAUCUAAUAUUGACUCUCCAGUCGACCGCAUUCUGAUGGAAGAUCAAAUUCUGAGCAGCACACCCAAACCUUGGCAGCCGGGAGAAAAGACAGGAAGAAGGGACAAGGCAAGGCGUAGAACAGCCACCACAGAAGAUCUGUUAUAUCCAGACUCUGGAGGGCCCCCGCGUCUUUCCAAUGGCGGAUCAGCACUCCCUGUUCUUCCAGCAGUGGAGGAAGAUACUGAGGGCAAGCAGGCAGGAGAUUCCCUCGUAAUGCCUCCACCAAAACCUUCAAUGAUUGCCAAACCUACAGCAUUGGUGCCAAGCUUUCAAAAGUGGUUAAGAACUUAUCUUUUACGAAUGACAAAGGGUGAGGAACCAACAGAUGAUGGUAUAGGAAACUUGCCACGCAGUUCAACAGGUCCUGCCACCAGUGGAAGACGUUCAGGAGACGGUCUUCCUUCUGCUCAACCUGCCAGCAGGCCAGUCCCAGAACCUUCCCCUAGCCUCAGGAGGAAAGCCAUGAUGAAUUCCACUUCCAGGCAAAACUCUGUAGAGAGUGCUGACCUGACCCCUCCAUCUUCUCCGUCAGCAUCUCGUAGGAGUGUGAACAGGGGAGAAAAUGUCUUCUCCAGACUCACCAGUAAUACACAGCCUAGCUCACCAGAUCCUAAAAGGGGCAGUAUCCAGCCCUAUGGAGGCUCUAUUCGCCAGACCAGUGGUCGUCCCAGUCCACUAGAGUGUGUUUACACAGCUUCUGGGCAUACUAAAGCCAUCUUGUCACUCUUUGCCACUGAUGAUGUGCUGUUUAGUAGUAGCAAAGAUCGCACUGUUAAGGUGUGGGAUUUAGCGACAGGACAGGACAUAGUCACCCUUCGAGACCACCCCAAUAAUGUGGUAUGUGUGCGGUAUUCUGAGUACACGCGGCUUGUUUUCAGUGUCUGCAACUCUGUCAUCAAAGUGUGGGACAUCCGAGACAAAACCCAAAACUGUAUUAAGACAUUAAGUUCCUCAGGGUUGACCAGUCAAGGCUCCACUUCCAGCACUGGCACCGUAGGACGCCAAGUAGCGGUACCACAAGGAGAGCAGAUUGUCAAUGACAUUGUCCUCAACAGAUAUGGGACAGUAUUGUAUUCAGCAGCAGGGAACUUGGUCAGACUGUGGGACUUGAGAAGGUUUAACGCGGUAGGCAAGUUCAGUGGUGGUCACCAAGCCCCAGUGAUGGUGCUGGCUAUAGAUGAGACUGAGGAGGGAGAGUCUGCCACUGUGGUCACUGGGUCCAAGGAUCACUAUAUUAAGGUAUUUGAGGUCCCUGAGAACUCUGUGGGUGUUCUGACCCCCAAGUUGAACCUGGAGCCCCCACACUAUGAUGGUAUCCAGAGUCUGGCCCUGUAUGGAGACUGUCUGUUUUCUGGCUCCAGGGACAUGUGUAUUAAGAAAUGGGACCUUACUGAAAAUUCUUUAAAACAGUCCAUGAAUAAUGCCCACAAGGACUGGGUAUGUGCCAUGGCAUUUACCCCAGGAAAGAAUGGUCUGCUAAGUGGCUGUAGAGCUGGCUUCCUGAAACUCUGGAACAUAGAGGACUGCCACCAGAUGGCAGAAAUCAAGGCCCACUCUAGUCCUAUCAAUGCAAUAACUACCAACUCAUCCACCAUAUUCACGGCUUCCAAUGAUACCCAGAUUCGCAUAUGGCAGAUGAAAACUGGUUAUGAAGAGGCUCAAGAUGAACCUGCAGUGGAAGGGAAUCUAGGCAGAUGGUCUGACAUGACUGAAGUGUAAUUGUUGACACAAAAAUGUACUUGCCAAAUUGAAUGCAGUUUGGUUUGUGUCAGGAAACAAAGGAUAUCAUAAUGGGUUAGAAUCCUUUGACACUUUCCACUUUGAUAAAUCUUUUUUGCAUCACCUUAAUCUUGAACAUUGAGAUGGGUUCUGGAGAGAAUAUAUGGAAAAUUGUGGGAAGACUUCGAUUAGAAUACAGUACUGAGCACAUGUGUAAUGGGAGGCUCAUGUGCUAUAUUGUUUAGGUGUUCCACAUUUUGAGAUUUAUAUAUGGGAUCAGUUUAUUUUGCAUGGGACCAAUGAAGCAGUUAUGGGAACCAGGCUGGUGAAAGCCAGAGCACAAACAUCAUCUAAAUGUCACAAAGGAUAUAACAUUAAGUAAAUUUGAAAGUCAUUUAAGAGGAGAUUUGGACACUAAGGGCACAAAUUGUUACUUAAUUUGAUUGAUGAAAAGCAAUUUAUUUAUGAAAUGGAUAAAACAUUUUAUACCCUCCUUAUUUUCCUCCCAUUUAUUUAAUUUGAAUAUUUGUAUUUCAUUUUAAAGUCUAUUCUUUAUGCGAAUAGAGCUUUAUGAUAAAUAUGGUAUAAAUUAGAGGUCACAAAUGAAGUAAACAGAUGUUACUGAAUAUAAGAUUUGGCACCAAUAAGUUACAUAAUCACUUUUGCCUGAUUGCAUGUAAUAUGACAAUGGCAAAAAAGGGACCAACAAAACACUGGCAUAUGUGGUUUGGCAAAAAUAAAAUCAGUUAUUUUCAGUGUUACCAAAUAUUGCCAAAUGCAUUCAGAAUACAAAUAUACUAUAUACCAGUACUAAUGGCUGCAGGCCAUAUGACACUCUUUUGCCAUUAUCACUAUUUAUCUGUUUGUUUAUUUAAGUUGAAGAAUAAUAUGGGAAGUGGAAAAAGGAGAUCAGAAUAAAUGUAAAUUUGAAAACAUGAUUGGCUGUGGCAAAUAGGCUACAGGCUGCAAUGACCAUGUACAUUAUGGAAAUGCAGUUUGUGGCAUGGUCCAUCAAACAUACCCAGGAUUUGGGGCUUUCUAUUCUACCAUGGAAAUAUUUUUGUUUGCCUGUUUUGUUGUUGUUAUGUUAUUGUAAUACAUUUAGUUAUUUCAAGCACUAUUGGAGAAAAGACAAAAAUGUUGCUGCUAAUAUAAAAAUUAAUAUAUUAAGGAAGAUAUAAUUAUAUAAAUUAACCAUCUUAUGUAAUGUUAUAUUGAGUGCUGGUACUGUAUAUCUUUCAGGCACUGUGACUUUAUUUCUGUGAUGAAAAGCUUAGCUGUAUAUUUAUAUAUUUAUAAGGACUGGAUCUUGAGAAGAAAUUGUAAGAGGGACAAAUGUGUCUCUCAUGACAUAUUGACUAAAAUAAAAAAUAAAAGAUUUUCAAAGAA